ACGUACACUAUUGUGCACAAUUUAAUUGAAAUUUUUUUCGUUAGACAGCCGCAGUAAUGAGUAGGUCUAGGCACUCGAGUCGUUCUAUGAGGUCCCCAGAAAAGUUGGACACCAAAGUAUCCUCCCACUCCAUAGCAGCAAGCCAUCGCGGGAAACUAACUCUGGGGAACGGGGGCUGCGGGGACGUGAAAAACAAAUCACCCCAAACGGUAAACCUGACUAUGUUCGUUUAGGUACAAUACUAGUGAAGGAUGGAUGGGCCAAAGAACUGCCCCGAGUUGUCACCAAAGUUCCGCAUUAUCACCCCUGUAUGUGACAAAUUCAACACCAAAGAUGAUUGCAUCUGCCAAAACAGCAAAUCCACAUUUGCCAUGCGCUGCGGCAAAGAAAAACCACCAGAUGAGCUCAUGCUUAUUAAGGAGGAAGACUGCGCUAACUAUUGCGACUCCAAUCCCUUCAUCUCUAGCAUCAUCGUUGCCAAAGGCAUCUUGUUUGUUCUGGUCUUUGCUGGCCUAGUCUACAUCUUUUACAAGGUGACGCUGAUGUACAACAAGAGCCACGAGAUCCUCAGCGUCUUGUUCCUGCUUCUCAUAACCCUCCUGGUCUUUGAGCCGCGCUACUUCUUCCCAUCUAUGGUGAUGAACAGUGUCGCCAGUGAUCCUGAUUCAUCGGAAGUCGGUUCAUCCAAGCCACAGUUCUGCUACACAAGCGCUGAAUUACCUACACCGAUGUCUUAAGACUUCCAGCAACAUGUCUUAAGACUCUCUAACAACCAUGGGCUUAAACAUCAGGAUUUAAAGUGACAAAUCAAUACAAACAUCUUUGUGAUUUAACAAUAACAUCAAAAUAAAGGAAAAGAAAAAU